UCCAGCUUGAAAAUAUAUAUAUAUUCCAAAAGUUAGGUGCGAUUUUGAUACUAAAAUGACGUGUGUCUGCGGAAGGUAUAGCCUGCACGACGUAACUGAACGUGUUACCACCCGCGAUAACCGGAUAUGUUGGCUGUCACAUACAGCCAAUUUAAAAUAUACAAAGAACAACAAUAACAAUUUUAUUCAACAAUAUAUCAUCAGGAUUAAUCCAACUGUAAAAGUGUGUAGUCAUCAUUACAUGGUGUUUCACAAAAGCCUAGUCUAAUCCCAGUGGGCGCAGCAGUCAAGGCCAUUCUCCUUGAACAGUGACAGUUUGUUUACAACUGCGGCGAGGGAGGGACGCAGGAUCCAGCACAGAAGAUCCAACUACUGACAGCGAGGGGGAGACGCAGGAUCCAGCACAGAAGAUCCAACUACACUGAGCUGAAUCACCAUGCUGACGGAGGCGCUGCUGGGCAUCCUGCUGGUGGUACUGCUGUUCGUCUUCGUCAACAGGAAGCCGCCGAACCUCCCGCCAGGCAAUUGGGGAUGGCCCGUGAUUGGCUGCCUUCCCUCCGAGGACGUGUCCCUCGGCGAGCAGGUCAUGGAGCUCAGGAAGAAACACGGGGAUAUCGUCUCAUGGCGGAUGGGCAGUCGGAUCUUCAUUUUCUUCUGUGACUACAAGCUCAUUAAGUCCGCUUUCUCGAAGAUUGAAUUCGCAGACAGACCCGAUUUCUACAGCUUCGACAUCUUUAACGAGUAUACUAAAAGCGGUAUCGCCAACACGAACGGGCAGAUGUGGAUUGACAACAGAAGGUUCGCGUUACGCCAGCUGAAGGACCUGGGCAUGGGCAAGACCCGGUUGGAGAAAGCUAUCCAGUACGAGGCCGUCUGUCUGGUCGAAGACGUCAAGAAACACACAGACCGACCGGGUCCUCCUCCUGCCUCUAUUACCGUGGCUGUCCUCAACGUCAUCUGGAAACUUGCAGCAGAUCACCGCUUCGAAGUGGACUCGCCGGAAAUCCAUUCUUUAAUCAGUAUGAUCACUACGCUGUUUGAGGACUUCCAAGGCCCGGUGGUCUGGUUCGAUCUCAUGCCCUGGUUGAUACCUAUCGUGCCAAACUUCAUCCGGAAAAAGAUGGGCAUCGAAAACAUAGAAAAGAAUGUUCACUAUGUCCUCGAGCUCAUGGGUAAGUACGUCGAGCAGCACCAGAAGACGCUGGACCCCGAGAAUCCCCGAGACUACAUCGACGCUUACCUGCUGGAGAUGGAAGCUCGGAAGGACGACCCUCAGUCAAACAUGACCAUUUUCGACCUGAAAAAUUGCAUGGCUGACCUGUUCACGGCCGGCAGCGAGACCACGGCCUCGACCAUCCGCUGGGCCAUCUACUACCUGGCCAAGUACCCUGAGAUCCAGGCAAAAGUGCACAAGGAGAUCGACUCAGUAGUUGACAGGGACGUCCUUCCGUCCAUACAACAGAGAAGCAGUUUACCAUACCUCGAAGCCGUAACGCUGGAGAUCCACCGCCUUGCUUCUCUUCUUCGUGUUGGUCUCCUCCACAGCUGUAAUAAGGACACGUGGAUCGGUGAUUACCUUAUCCCUAAAGGUGCAAUCAUAUCGGCACUGCAAGAGGGCUGCCAUAUGGACCCCGCCUACUGGGAGAAACCUCACGAACUCUACCCCGAGCACUUCCUCGACGACAAAGGACAGGUUCUCACCAAGAAGGAGGGAUUCUUGCCGUUCUCCCUGGGGCGUCGCCAGUGCCCAGGGGAGUCGCUGGCCCGCAUGGAGCUCUUCGUCUUCCUCUCCGCCCUCCUGCAGAACUUCUCCUUCUCAGUCCCUGAGGGCAAGGAGCUCCGGCUGGAGAAGAACCCGAAGGAUUCCUUCCUCAAUCUGCCGAAGGAUUUGGAUAUUGUUAUUACCAAGCGACCGUGAAUAUUGUGCGCGCGUGUGUGUGUGUGUGUGCGUGUGUGUGUAGCUUGGCGUAAAUCCAUUUAGAACAAUGUUCCCGCUGUAUCUGUACUGUAUUAGUUCAAUAUAAAAAAUAAUAACAUUGAUCAAAAUAACCGAUCUUGCUUCUAUAACUGUAUCUUCCAAAAUACCUAAACACUGUAUGCAUAUUUCAAAAGUAUUUUUUUUUUGGGGGGGGGGGGGGGCACAGUAAUUACUAAUAAGCUUUAUAUUUGCUACGACAGAUAAGAUUAAGAGAUGCAGUACGUAUCCCAUCCAGCCUGGUCCACAUGUGAUUAAUUCCAGAUACUGUAAUAGUUCGUUGUAAGCAAUGUGAUUUUUACUAUUCUCCCUACUUGGUGACAGAAUUGACGCUUUCUUUUGCAAAAAAUAAAGAAAACUCUGA